GCCCAUGAGCCCCGGCCUCAAAGUUUGCGGCGGGCGGGCGGGCGCGGAGCCUCCAAGAUGCCGUUCCACCCGGUGACGGCGGCGUUGAUGUACCGGGGCAUCUACACCGUGCCCAACCUGCUGUCGGAGCAGCGCCCCGUGGACAUCCCUGAGGACGAGCUGGAGGAGAUCCGCGAGGCCUUCAAGGUGUUUGACCGUGAUGGCAAUGGCUUCAUCUCCAAGCAGGAGCUGGGUACGGCCAUGCGCUCUCUGGGCUACAUGCCCAAUGAGGUGGAGCUGGAGGUCAUCAUCCAACGGCUGGACAUGGAUGGUGAUGGCCAGGUAGAUUUUGAGGAGUUUGUGACCCUCCUGGGACCCAAGCUUUCUACCUCAGGGAUCCCAGAGAAGUUCCAUGGCACUGACUUUGACACUGUCUUCUGGAAGUGCGACAUGCAGAAGCUGACGGUGGAUGAGCUGAAGCGGCUGCUCUACGACACCUUCUGUGAGCACCUGUCCAUGAAGGACAUCGAGAACAUCAUCAUGACAGAGGAGGAGAGUCACCUGGGCACAGCCGAGGAGUGCCCUGUGGAUGUGGAAACCUGCUCCAACCAGCAGAUCCGCCAGACAUGUGUCCGCAAGAGUCUGAUCUGCGCCUUCGCCAUUGCCUUCAUCAUCAGCGUCAUGCUCAUUGCAGCCAACCAGGUGCUGCGCAGCGGCAUGAAAUAAGUGCCACCUGGGCACCUGGUCUGGCACGUGCAGUGCUGGGCCCACUCCACACCCACCACCACCUGCAGCCCUUCUCCCUCAGCUGGCUCUGGACCAAUAUCCUGUGUAUUUCGGGGCCUGGACGUCUGGUGACCCCCACCCCUCUCACCCCAUGGCCCUUGCAUGGAGCUGUGGCUAGGCUGCGGAGAACCUGGUGGUGGCCCCGAGGACGGCACCCAGCCCCUACACCACGCCCGUACCCUUUCCUAGCCUGUAUGUAGCGCUAACUCUUCCUGCUGCCAGUGGCUCCUGGGAAAUGAGGGCCUUGUACAGGAUCCCCAGGACCUAGCCACUGCUGUGGUCCCUGUGCCCAGAGAGGGCACCUGCCUACCCCAGCUCUAAUCCCUGAGGUUUUCCAGAGCUAUGGGCAGGGUGGAGGAGGUGGGGGCAGAAAGCUCCUCUAGAGAAGGAAACAAGGCUGGGUCUCUUGAGUCCUUUCCUCUGACCCAAACUAGCCCUCCUCCCCCGUGUACCUGCUAGGGCCUGAGCCUGCCCAUUUCACAGGUGAGGAGCCUGAGGCUCAGAGGGACAGAUUUGGCCUCAGGUUUUCCUCAGGGAUUUUCAGGAAGCGCACAAGCUCAUGGUAGGAUGGGGCAUCUGAGAUGGCCCUGAGGCCCCUGAAUUUCUGCUCCCAACCCAUCCUAGCAAAGGCCAGUGACCAAGGGUAUCCUGGUCCCCAGCACAGAAGUCAGAGCUGUAGUCCCGCUUAGGAAGGGAACAGAGCCGGGGCCAGGAGGCCUCAACUGGCCUGAGCAGCCUGUGUGAUCUACCCAUUGGCCUGGGUACUCCUCCUGGCAGACCUUGGGAGGGCCCCGGGCCAGCCCUUGGGUGGAGGAGCUGGCAUAGUUCAGCUCUGUCAGUGCCAGGAGGUGUGACCAAGCUAUUCUCCCAAACCCAGGGCCCGCUUUCUGCCCCCUCCUCCCUCCAUUCUUCUGCACCCUCAAGGCCAGAGACCCAGCUCCUGUCCCUGCCCCAAAUGUGCCAUCCCAAACCUGUGGCACUAGCUCAGCAUGGGAAGAUGCAGGGGCUGCAAAUUCUGCUAGGGCUGAGAUGGCAGAUGGAGUCCUUGUGCUCCUCUCCCCAGCCUUGGGGCCACUUAUCACCUGGGCGACGAGGGAGCCACACUGGCACACCCUUUGCCUGGCUGAACUGAGCCUCUGCUGGUCUCUGUUGAAGAAGGGCUGAGAGGACAGAUCACCCUGGAGAUCUUGUCUCAUCCCAGCCCUGCCUGUCCCCUGGAAAGGAUUGAAAGGAGGAGCUGAGAACACCGGUUUAGGGAAGCACAGCCAAACCAAGGGAGGCUUUCUUUAUAUACACCUGCAAGUUUUCUCUGUCUUCUCAAGACAUCCCAGGAGGGCGGGUGAAGUAGAGGGUGAAGCUGCCCAGCACAGACUGGGACCAGGGCUGCAGCUGGUAUGGGGG